AUGGCUUUGGUAGGAGACUUGGAGUUCUUCUCGCAGGAAUUCGGAUGGCCUACUGCGAACAGCAAUAAUUUGUGUCCUUACUGCAAGUGUGACAACCUUUUCAAAGAUGCAGAUGCUGUCGCCCCGUUCAAUGACUUCAGAGCAAGUGCUGAGUGGAGAAAGCAACCCAGAGAACCAAGAGAAAAUGAUCACCCUUUGUUUAAAGUUCCAGGGAUCAAUUUUUGGUCCCCGAAACUUGAUGUGUUGCACAUGCUAGACCUUGGAGUCAGUUCGCAUUUGUAUGGAAACUUGAUCAACGACAUCUUGGAGGACCACCUACCUGGGAACUUCGCUGCAUCCAUUGGAGCUUUGAACUCAAGAAUCCAGGAGCUGUACGAGAGUCAGUCGACCCCAGCUGCUGCCAGAAUCCCGAAGUUGAGCAAAGGGAACAUUCAAAGUCAGACUGGGUACCCGUGCUUGAGCCAUGUGAAAGGGCGACGAAUACGAGAGUUCUCGAGUGUGGCUGUGGGGUUGGCAGACUUGUACAAGGAUACAGUGGCAGGAAAGCAUCGUCUUGAAGCAGUGAAGGCCAUGGACGAGAUUUACGAGCUGUGUGACUGCCAGAAGUAUCGCUUUGACAGAAAGGAGCACAGAAGCAUGGAGAAGGCGAUUGACAGAUUGCUCCUGCACUACACUUUCUUGAGCAGAGAUGCUUUCAACAGAGGAAAGAAGAGGUACAGUGUCACCCAGAAGUUCCACUUGAUGGCACAUUUUCAUGUUCAGUGUAAAUGGAUGGCACCCAGACUUGCUUGGACCUAUGGCCCUGAGAGUUUCAUGUCGGUGUGCAAGAAAAUCGCUGCUUCAUGUGAUAGAGGAACGCCGAGCUACCAGAUUCCACUGAAGAUUUGUGGAAAAUUCGCCUUAGCUUACGAGCUCCUGCUGCGAGGAUGGCUGAAUCUGGAUGAAGAUGAGGAGUGA